AUGUCUGCACUACUAUGCCUCACAGCAAUCCUCAAAUUCUUUUUCACCUUUGCAGGCGCUCAGAAGGACCUUUAUGUACCUUGCCCACUUCUCGGUCCUCCAGUGCCACCUCCUCUCAUCGAUCCAAAGACAGCAGCUGUCCAGAAGAUCUCGAAGCAGUUCUCUGCCUUUAUAGACCAAUACGUGGCUGCUGAAAAAGGCGAUUUUGGCCCUGUUACUCCCAACAAGACGAGCUUCAGCAUAGCACUCUUUGCUGGAUCGAAUUAUGUCGCAAGCGAGGCGGAUCCUUCUUUCUUUUACGAGUACCAUCAUGAGGCGGGAUUGGCCGCGAACAAUACAGACGCGCUGUCUGCGGACUCCAAGUUUGCCGUCGGCGAGCUCACGCAGCUGUUUACUGUCUAUGCUCUUCUGAUCGAGCUAGGAGACGAGGUAUUGGGCAGGAGUAUCACAUAUCACCUUCCAGAGCUCAAGGGACUUUCGAACUUUCGUAAUGCUCUUACACAAGUGAGGUGGGAGGAUGUGACUCUUGCGUCAUUAGCUGGACAUAUGUCUGGUGUUGCUAGAAGCUCGGAGGCAUGUUCAAUCAAUCGGAAGUGCUCGGCUCAGGAUCUACUGAAAGAUUUGGCUAUGAGCCCUCCGAUAUAUCUUCCCGAGACUACACCCAUCUUCUCUGACGCCGCGUUCCAGCUCCUCGCCGCUGCCCUAGAGCGCGAGACUGGGAAGGCUUUUGCACAGAUCUUGUCAGGAAGCAUUUUCUCACCUCUGAACAUGACAAAUACCUCGCUGCUUGCCGGAUCUGCCACAAACGGUAAUCUGAGUAGUCCAAGUCAGCUAUACGGCAACGACCUGCUCAACACAUCCUACGUCGGCGAACCAGCCGCACUCGGCCUGACAACAACAAUCCAAGAUCUAUCCACCGCCGGUCGAGCAAUGCUAACCUCCCACCUCAUCUCCCCAGCAACUACACGACGCUGGCUGAAACCACACACUUCCACCUCGAACAUCAAGAACUCCGUUGGCCGGCCAUGGGAGAUAUACCACUACGGCAGCAACGACUCAGUCAUGGACAUCUACACCAAGUCCGGUAGCUUGGGCAGCUAUGGCUCAUACUUCGGUCUCGUCCCAGACUACGACAUUGGAUUCGCCAUCUUAGCUGUCAACCAUGAUGAAGAAGCGGCACCCGAUCUUAAUGCGUAUGCUGAUAUGUGUAUUGUGGCGCUGAAUCUUGUACAGAAGUCGGCGUAUUCUACUGCGAAUGAGACGCUGGCUGGUACUUAUCGGUCUCUCAAUUGCAAUGAUAACUCGAGUCUGGUCCUAGAUCUGGACACUAAGCUACAUGGUCUCCAUGUAUCUAGUCUUGCUCUCAAUGGGACGGACUACUUAGCCACCAUUGCCGCGCUUAUUGGCGCCCAGGCAGGCAAUGCUGAUAUCAGGCUUUAUCCAACGAAUCUGGUUGAGCAAAGCAACGGUGUCAAGCGGCAGGCAUUCCGAGCAGUCAUUCAAGACAUGAGUGAGUUUGUGGAUGCUGGUACGCCUACUUGUGUUUCUUGGCAGACGAUCGAUAUCUUGCGUAGGGGUGGGCUGUCGCUCGAUCGAGUGGUGCUCGAGUACGAUAGCAAUGGUACUGCUACAGCUAUCGAGUGGCCUGCACUGGAUGUGGAAAUGCAGAGGCAGCAGUGA